AUGAACUCCUUCCAUCAUUGGUUGUAUAUAAAUGAAUUAACUGAAAAAGUUGUGCUAGCUAAGUUAGCUCGUUAUACAAACUUAACGGUAGAAAUCGAGGGCAACGACAAAGACUCUUGUCGCAAGUUGAAACCAAAAGAUUGUCGAAGCAUUACAAAACAGCAAAAGGAAAGAAGCUCAUGCAUUGAAAACUAG